CGCCAUGCUACCCACUCCAUGUUGAUCCAGUCAGCUGCUCAGCUGCAAACCGCUUUUUUACUGGAAGGAUGAGCCAUUAUUUCCACUCUCUGCUUCUGUGGUAAGCGCGAAACUCAGUUUUUGACCGUCUCAGCUGAAAGACGACUGGACCUACAUUUUAGACUGAAGUUGACCAUGGUGCGAAACGUAGAUGACCUGGACUUCUGCCUGUCCUCCCAUCCUCAGAGCAUCCUGGAGGGCUUGCGCUCCCUCUGCUCUCACCCCAAACUGGUGGAUGUAACACUGAGCGCAGGCGGUCGGGACUUCCCCUGUCACCGCAGCGUGUUGGCCCUCUGCAGCACAUACUUCCGCUGCAUGUUCUCAGGGGACUUUGUGGAGAGCAUAGCGGCACGUGUGGAGCUUCAUGAUGUUGAUCCUGACAUACUCAGCUGCUUGUUGGACUUUGCCUACACAGGCAAACUGACCAUCAACCAGAGCAACGUGGAGGGCUUGAUAUGCACCUCCAGCCAGCUGCAGUUCCAGACAGUAAGAGCCGUGUGCAGCCGAUACCUGCAGCACCAGAUCGAUGCGACCAACUGCCUGGGAAUCCUGGAGUUUGGGGCGAUCCAUGGCUGCCCUGAGGUGAUGGCCAAAGCGUGGGCCUUCCUCUUGGAGAACUUUGAAGCUGUACAACAAGGUGAAGAGUUUCUACUGUUGGGAAAGGACAGGUUGGUCGCCUGCCUCUCUGAUGAAGGACUACAGAUCCGGUCAGAGUGCACCCGUGUGGAGGCCAUCUUGAAAUGGGUGAGGCACCACAAGGAGUCUCGGCUCUGCCACCUCCCUGAACUCCUCGCCUUGUCCCGUCUCUCCCUACUCAGCCUGGACUACCUGGCUGACACCCUGCUGAAGGACAGUCUGGUGGAGGCCUCUCCCAGCAGCAGAGAAGCUCUGGAAAAAAUUUACAGAGAGAAAAUGGAUUUGGCACCAGAAUAUAGAGACAGACUGAACUCUCAGAGUCCACAACCAAACCUGCAAGAGGUGCUGUUUGUAAUGGGAGGUCGUUCGCUGGAUGACUCUGAUGAUGAAGAUGACUCAGAUGAAGAGCAGGACAGAGACCCAAGACUGCAAAGGCUGCUGCUGAGGAACUGCGGCUUCUAUAACACGAAGACAAAACAGUGGCAUGAGCUCCCUAAUUUCCCCAACCCCAACAAGUGGGGCUACUCCAUGGUCUCCUUAAACAAUGAUGUGUAUGUCACAGGGGGCUCACGAGGUUCGAAUACCAACACCUGGUCGACCACAGAGACCUGGAAGUACAUCACAAGAGAGGGGAGGUGGGUUACUGUGGCACCUAUGCUCCGGCCUCGGACUAACCACACUUCUGCAACGCUCAAUGGGGAGAUUUACGUCAUUGGAGGUACGACAGCAGAUCGUGUUGAAGUUGAGCAUUAUGACCCAUACAGCAACACCUGGGCCUUGACGUGCCCCGCAUUAAAAUAUGUCACUAACUUCACCGCCACAGCGUGUCAUGGGAAGCUCUAUGUGAUUGGCUCCUGUGCUGUGAAGUACAAUGCUUUGACCAUGCAGUGUUACAACCCCGUUAUAGAUAGCUGGAUCAGCAUAUGUUCACCCUUCAUCCCUAAGUACUUGUCCUCUCCUCGUUCUGUCUGUGUGGAUGGAACUAUAUAUCUGGUUGCUGACAACACUAAGAAAGUCUACUCUUAUGACCCAGAGGCAAACAUGUGGCAGAAGGUCCAGCUUCUCCACAUGCUCCAUGAGAACGGCGGCCUCGUAACGCUGGACGGCAAGCUGUUUGUCACCGGUGGCCAUUGGAAAGGUAUGGAGGGGGACUACGGGGUGGAAGUGGAGAUUUACAACCGAGCGUCCAACACCUGGGAGGUGGAGUGCUACCUGCCAAGACUGUGGUUCUACAGCGGAGUCUGCACCAUCUUCCUUGAUCCGUCCCAGUGGCCUGAGCUCUUCCCCAUAGAUUCAACAUAAUGGCCUGGGACUCAAAGAGUUCACAAAGACAUGCUCUUAUGAUACAGUGCAAAUGUCAUGUUUAUGCCAGGAUGCUAUUGUGCCCUAGAAUAGUGUGUUACAUGAUCCUCAGGUAUUCUUGGUUGUAUUUAGGGCCUUGCUUGGCUGGUCAGCAUGUGUUUAUUUAUACUUUGUAUCAUGUGUUUAAGAUCUAAUUUCCUUUUUGUGCUAUUGAAUGGUGCUUAUGAAUCAUGAAAUCUUUGUAGAUUAUUAUUAUUAUUAUUAUUGUUGUUGUUGUUGUUGGUUGUUUAUCAAGGGUUUGAAACUGGAAAUGCUCAAUUAUUAAUAAAA